AUGUCCAAAUUCUACGACUUAACUCCACUCGACAGCAAGGGAAACCCAUACCCAUUUUCAGAAUUAAAGGGUAAGGUUGUUCUUAUCGUCAAUGUUGCUUCAAAGUGUGGAUUCACCCCUCAAUACGAAGGACUUGAGAAAUUGAACAAGCAAUUUGAAGGUAAACCAGUUCAAAUCUUGGGAUUCCCAUGUAACCAAUUUGGUAACCAAGAACCAGGCUCAGCUGAAGAGAUUGGAUCUUUUUGUAAAUUGAAUUACGGUGUUACUUUCCCUGUUUUGGCCAAGAUUGAAGUUAAUGGAAGUAAUGCCUCUCCUGUUUAUCAGUAUUUGAAGAGUCAAAAGUCAGGAUUGUUGGGAUUGACCAGAAUCAAGUGGAAUUUUGAGAAGUUUUUGAUUGAUCAGAAUGGAAAUGUUGUUGAAAGAUUUAGUUCCUUGGCCAAACCAGCAGACAUUGCUCCCAAGAUUGAAAGCUUGUUGAAGAAUAGCAAAUGA